AUGAAACCUGUACACUUCACAAAUUUGACAUUAAAUGAAAAGAAUUUUAAUUCACUCCGAUGUGACGAUAAAACAAAAGAAGGAAGUUAUAAUAUAUUUAAUAAUAAUAAAAAAAUGAAUAAUGUGACAAAUAAUAAUAAUGAUAAUGAUAUAUUUAAUAAAAAUUAUGUACAGAAUAAUAGUCAUAUUAAUUAUGACUCCUUAAAUGAUAUAGAUUAUUUAUCAUUACAUACAGGAAUAGAAAAAUAUAAAUACAAAAAAAAUAUUAGUAAUGCCAAAAAUCUCAAAUUAAUAGAUGAACAUAUGUUAUAUAAUAAUAAUAAUGAUAAUAUUCAUCUAUCAGAUAAUUUUGUGAACAAUAAUAUCAAUUUUAGACAUUCAUCAAAUAAUUUAUUUAACCUAUGUAAUAAUAAAAAUGAAAAAAAUUGUGCUAAUUCAAAAAAUUCUGAGGAAAUUAAUAAAGAUAAUAUUAACAAAGUGAAUGUAUAUACAAAUAAUAUAUAUAAUGAAACAGAUGAAAAUAAAAAAUUUUAUUCUAAUCCAGUAGAAAUAAAUUAUGAUCCACAUAUAUCAAAUAAUUUAAAACAUAAUUCUUUAUAUUAUUCUUUUAAAAAAAAUACAUCUAAUUUAAAUUUUUCAGGCAAAAAAAAAAAUCAUAAAAAUCAUAUUCCUUUUACUACACCAAAUUGUAUACAAGAAUCUACUUUUAUUUCUAAUUCGACAUGUUAUCGAAAUUUUAAUACUAUUCCUAUUUCACUUAAUCUUUUAAAUAAUGUAAAUGAUGAAAGUUCAUCAAUUCCUCCUCUUGCACCAUCUGAAUCGUCCUCUGCAUCUGCAUCUGCAUCUGCGUCUGCAUCUGCUUCUACAUCUGUAUCUGCUUCUACAUCUGCAUCUACUUCUGCAUCUACCUCCGUUUCUACUUCUGUGUCUACCUCUGUUUCUACAUCUGCUUCUACCACGAUGAAUUCUCCUCGUCAUAACGAUAAUCAAAUAUGUAACUCAUUCCCGUUAUCUCGUGAAUACAGACCUAUAGAACAAAUGAAUAGAUUUUCUUUUGGUGUGAAUGAUGUUAGAUCUACAUCUGAGCGUACUGCAAAUAAUGGACUCACAUCUAAUAUAAAUUCCAAAUAUGAUGAACCCAUUUGUGAAGAAAGCCGAAAUUAUAAGAGUACUCCCUGGAAUAAUUCUAUAUACCCCCAUAAUAAUAAAUGUAGUUAUAAAAUGAGCAUAGAGGGAGAUACCAAUCUGAUAGAGGAUAAAAAAAUGUUUAGAGAAGAUAAUAAGAUGUUUGAUAAUAUGUCAUGUGAAUGGCAAAGUGAAGAAGAAAAAAUGAAUUGUAUAAAUGAAUAUGAUGAAUAUUUUCAAAAGAAGAGAAAAUAUAAUUAUUUAAUACGAAAAAAAAAACAUAAAAAAGAGAAAAGUAUAAAAGAAAAAAUAAGAGUAUUAUUAUAUAAUAAUAUUAAGAAUACAAUAAAUAAAUUAUGUGAUGAAAUAUUUUUUAAUUCAUUUCAGACAAUGUUUUCAUAUUUUAUUACUACAUCAUUUUAUAUAAUAAUAAAUUUAUAUGUUAGCAAUGUAUGUAAUUAUCAAGAAAUAGCUGGAUUUGGUGUGUCUAUAAGUAUUAUUACUAUAUUGAAUAGUAUAAUAGAUGGUGUAUUAAAUAGUUUAGAUUAUUUUUGUAGUCAUUCUAUAGGUAUAGGUAAUAUGGAUAAAGCAUGGUUAUAUUUGAAUUGUGGAUAUUAUUUAUUUUAUAAAUUAUAUUUUCUUCUUUUUCUUUUCUUUUUUUUCUUUAAAUGGUUGACAUUUAAAAUUAUUAGAAAUAUAUUUGUAGCUCAUAUAAUGAAUGAAUAUCUUAUGAUGAUAAAAGUAUUUUUUUCAACACUACAAAUAUUAUUAAUAUGUUAUUUUCCAUAUUUUAUAUAUGAAACUAUGAGAAGAUUUCUUAUAUUAUAUAAUAAUAUAUAUCCAAGUAUAUAUACAUCUAUUAUAUCAGUAAUAUGUUUAAAUAUUUUUUGUUAUAUAUUUGUAAUAAAGAUGUCUAUGCUUUAUACUGGAGCAGCAAUAGCUUUAUUAUUUACAAAUAUAAUAAACAUGUUUAUGAUUAUGUAUUUCUUAAAAAUAUUUAUAUCUCAGUGUGUGAUUCGUUCUACAAAUAUAAUUUCUUCUCUUAGAGAUGGAGAGUCUUUCAUGUCGUGUGAGUUGAAAAAUAUGGAGAGGCACCAUGGGUGUGGUAAUAAUAUUUAUAAUAAAAAAUAUAAAAAUGUAAAUAAUUAUAAUAGAGAUAUGAAUGGGGCAUAUAAAUAUAUAGAUAAAGAAGAAAAUUGUGUAUAUGGCGAUUUGUCUGGUCCUAAGGAGAAUAACUUGACAAGACAAGAACAAAAUAUAAAAAAUAAUCAUAAAAAAAAAAAAAUAAAUAAAAAUAAUAAUAAAAAUAAUAAUAAUAAUAAUGAUAAUAAUUGGAAUAGUAUCAAAUAUAUGUGUGACAAACCACUUGAACAUAAUGAUUACUCAAAAGAUAACAUUUUUAUUCCUCAUGGUUAUAAUAGCAUAGAUAGUGUUCUUGAUUUUUAUGAUGAUUAUGAUUAUUAUUAUAACAUGGAUGUAUAUGAUUCCUUUAAUAAUAAAAGUAAAAGUAAAUGUAAAAAAUAUUUCAAGAAAUUUAAACUAAAGAAAUUACAAUUAGAAAAUAAAAAGAACAACACACAUUAUAGUAACAUGAAUAAUUAUAAUAACAAGAGUAAUUAUUUUAAAAUCAAUCAUUAUAAUUACAACAAUUCUCAUGUCUUUAUAAACAAUAAACAAAUAUAUAACUUUUUAUUUUUAUUUUUUAAUAUUCCAUUGUGUGAGACAAGAAAUAAUUUCUAUUGUAUUACAAAGACUAAUAUAAAAAAUAUAUUUUUUGAGAUAUUAUCAUUCGAAUUACAGUUAUUUGAAUCUACAUAUUUAUGUCUAACAUCUGUAGCUGCUUAUGUUCAGAUUAAUAAUUUUUUAAACUUAGUAUAUUACCUAUCGAAUUCUUAUGGUAUUAUAUUAGCUAAACUUAUUGGUGUGUAUAUAAGUUCACAAAGAAAAAAAAAUAAAAACAAUGAAAAUAAAAAUAAUGAAAAUAAAAAUAAUGAUGUGAAUAAUUUGAAUAAUUUGAAUAAUUUGAAUAAAAAAAAUAAGGAAUAUACUCAACAAUAUGUUGAGAAAGAGGAGCAUGAUAUUAAAAAUAAAAAGAGCUUCAGUUUGAAGGAAAUUUGUUUAGCUUUCUUUUUAUUAUUAUCAUUUUUAUAUUUUUGUUUAACUAUAUUAUAUAUAUAUCAUAAAAAUAUUAUAAUUUUUUUUUAUUCAGAUAUAAAAUUACAAAAUCAACUAAUAAACAUUUUCUACAUUUUAAAUAUAGAAUUAUAUUUUGAAGCUUUAGCAUCCUUAUUGAAUAGUGUAAUUAAAGGAUUAAGUUUACAGAAUGAAAUAACAUCUUUCACUUUUUUCAAUUUUAUGUUUUUAAUGAACAUACUUGGAUUAUAUUUAUCUUUCUGUUUAAAAUGGGAGUUAUAUGGAUUUAUUUAUUCAAACUUAAUAUGUAUGAUUCUACAAGUAUUAUAUUUAUUAAUAUUCCUUACAAAAAAAUUAUAUACAAAAAAUAUGCACAAGCAACAAAUAGAUAAUUCUUAG